CUCUUCCUUUUGCACACAAAGUGUUCUGACAAAGUCAGUUUUCUUGCUCACAGGCAAGGGAGGCAAACAUAUCGGAGGGCAAAUUUGGAACAUCAGAGGAAACCCCAGGGGUGGCGAUGGAUAAGUUUCACACAGUGCUAGACUUCUGCUUCAGUCACAAGAAGGUGCUGGGUUAUGGUGUCGUGUCUCUGCUGACUGCAGGCAGUGAGCGUAUCUUUUCUGUGGUAGUGUUCAAGUGUCCUUGCAAUUCCUGGAAUCUGCUCUAUGGCUCCGUCUUCCUGCUGGUUCCAGCCCUUAUUCUCUUUCUGCUCGGUUUGCUGCUCAGUACCAGGUGCUGGAAGGUGCUCACAGGGUGCUGUGCCCCAGGCAGGCUGUCCAGGUGCAGCCACAGGGGCCGCAUCUGCCGCUACCUGCGAGUGCUGUGGCUUGUGGUUGUUGGUGCUGCUGUUGCUCCCCUCACGUGGAUUGCUGUGGCCUUACUGGGUGGCCACUUCUAUGAAUGUGCUGCAAGUGGAAACGCCAUCAUGCAGAAGUACCUGUGCCAAGGCAAAGGGAUCCAGUGCCUGAAAGAAAUGCUUCAAGUGCCUUGUGGCGGUGGUUCUUUGCAAGAGGUGCAAGAUUUGCUCAUGAGCCUCCGAGCACAGUCUCAGGUGACGGGAUGGAUUUUGAUCUCCAGUGUCACCAUAUUAGCUCUAAUUUCAACCUGUAUCUCUCGCUGUCGUUCACCAGUCAGCAUUCUUCACCUUGCCUUCUGGAAAGUCUACAUGGCAAAGGAGCAAGAGCUUUUUAAGAUCAAGGCCAAGGAACAUGCAGCCCAGCUGGCAGAGAGAAAUCUAAAAUGCUUCUUUGACUGCACUGAGCUGGAGCCAUUUCAGACUCCAAGCAUCGGAAGCUGGCAAGCCAUUUCCUCCUUAUUCGCCUUUAAUCCUGAAGAACAUUACUAUAGCAUGAUACACAAAUAUGUCAGCAGCAAAGACAAGAAUGGCAGCAUUGUGUCAGUAGAGGGGGAUAUGUUUCCUUCUUCCCUGGGGUUUGUCGAUGCCACUGUAGGUACUGAUACAGAAAUAUUAUAAUGAAAUAAUUUGGUAGCCCUUCAGUUUCUAUUGCAAGAUAAUCUUUAACUGGGUAGCCAAAUCAAAAUUCAUGGAAUAAUACUUUCUAUCAGAACCAAGCAAAAUAACUUUGUGAAGCAUUUAACUCUGUGUGUUCACUUUGUAUUGUUUUAAUCUGUUUGACAUUUGUGAUAUCUCUUUUCUGUAGCUCCUGCUGUUUUGUUAACCACCAGUAUACAGAGACAAGGUGGGUUAUACAUAUUCUGGUUUAAAUAACACGUGCAAGCUUUUGAAUUCUCCAGGACUCCUCAUCAGGCAGGAUGUUAAAAACCAAAAAGGGAGUGAGGGAGAAAAACACUUCAGGCCAUGGUGUUGAGAUCUGGAGAAGAACUCAAUAGCUUGUACAACAUGUUGAGUUAGUCUGGUUGGUCCUAAUAAACAGCAUUGCAUUGAUUUUGCAUUUUACUAUGGACCAAAUUUGAAGGUAAUUGAUUGAUGGGGGAUGCUUUUGAUUAUGCUGAUGGUUGUAUCAUAAAAAGAGUUUGGCUAUGAUUAUUACUGCUUUUGGAAAAUCUAAGAAUAAAGAUUUCAUUUUUAAAAAA